UGUCGAUGGAAAGAAGCAACUGCGGGAACUGAAGAGGAUCUGGGCCAUCCAGAAGUGCGCCUCCCUCCCCCCCAAGAUCAUUCCUUCCCGAGCGUUCCUGGCCGCCGCCGGCCCGCCGCCGCGGCGCACCCAGCCUGCCGAAGCCUCCGCCGCCCCGCCGACCAGCAGCGCCUCCCUCCGUCGAGCAGCCGCUCCCACCAGCAGCGUGGAGCAGCCGCUCCCGCCCACCAACGCCGCCGCACGGAACUACGCCGGCGACCAGUCUAUAGGCAGGGCUUGUCCAGUAGACCAGUACCCCCAAGCCGCUGUGGCAGCAGCAGCGGGGGGGGGAGGUAGGCGGUUAUAAGCAUGGAGCCCAAAGAGAAGCCUGAAACGACCAGCGCUGCCAGCCCACCUCCACCGCGGCUGGACUGCAUAAAGUGCUUCGAUGCGCUAUGGUUCUGCUAUACCCCUCUCCACCAGCUGCAGACCUACUACCGCCACGGGGAUUUUGACACCUGCUUCGGCAAGUGGGGUGAUCUCGUUGACUGUCUCUCGCUCAAGACGAAGCGGAGGGCGGAAGUAGAGGAGAUCCUCAUCGCGCGGGAGAAGGCCAAGCCGCACAUCUGGACCUUCCGGACUGCCGAAGAGGCGCAGGCGAACUGGUGGCAGAUGUACAAGCACAAGGUGGUGAUGUCGUCGCCACCCAAGACUGCAGGUUCUGCUGUGCCUCCUCCUGGAUCAUCUGGUGUUCUUUCCUGAGAAUUGAAGGUCAGGGGAGCCUACAGAAGCGUCGGUUGUGCUUUUGUGCGCUGUGCUUAGACUGCUGGUCUUUGUUCAAACUUGAAUGUACCCUGGCAGGGUAAAUAAUUGGAACCUUGGAUGGAAAGAUACCUUAAUCCUGUUCUGUAGAUCAUGGCAGGCAACUGAACCAAAAUGUUCUGGCGGUUCUUUUGCUAUUUUUUGCACCAGCUAUGAUGUUAGCCUUUUUGCUUACUUCCUUGCCAGGCAUAAAUGUUUUGGCUUGUGCUGUAGUGUGUUCUCAUUAAUUUCUGAAUGAAGACUAAUUAAUUUUUGUUCAAAUGCGGUCA